GUAAAAAAAAUUAUGCAUUAUACAUUUUAAAAAUACUAAAACAACAUAAUUUUAGUUUUAUUUUAUUUAGGGUUUUGUAUCAGAACCCGAUAUCCUGUUUAACUGUAUAAUGCCCUUUCGGGAGAAUUAAUGAAACUUUUCAAAUUAAAAAAAAAGAACCCGAUAUAUCCUACAUACAUGUAUACGAUUUUUCUCGUCACCUUCGGUAUCUUUAUACCCUUAUAUAAGAGAGAUGAUAACCACCACAAUCAUAACCACUCAUUCAAAAAUAUAACUAUUGCUCCUACUUGAAAAAGAGCUUAAAAAAAAAACUAUUGCUCCUACUUUUAUCUCCCCAUAUCUUCCUCUUGCUAUAAAUAUAUAAUCAGGCCAAAAUAGACUUUUUGUAAAAACGAUUGUUGAUUUUUAAGUUAUCAGGAUGGAGGAAGUGAAGAAGAUUAGUUGUAUGAAGAAGGCAAUGCCAUUUAUUUUAGUGAUAUUGUUACAAGUAGGGCUAGCAGGAAUGGACAUUCUCACAAAGGCUGUCCUAAACGAAGGCAUGAGCAAUUACGUUCUCGUGGUUUACCGUCAUGGCGUUGCUGCCAUCGUUAUGGCCCCGUUCGCUUUCUAUUUCGACAAGGCGGCCAGACCUAAGAUGACACCGAUGAUAUUUUUCAAGAUAAUACUCCUUGGCUUAUUCGAACCCGUAAUAGACCAGAACCUAUUUUGUCUUGGGAUGAAAUACACGACAGCUACAUUUGCAACCGCCUUGUACAACACCUUACCCGCAGUUACUUUCAUCCUGGCCUUAAUAGUAAGGCUUGAAAAAGUGAAGCUUCGGAGUAUCAGGAGCGCUAGCAAAGUAAUUGGAACCAUGACUUCAGUGGGAGGAACCAUGAUUAUGACACUUGUCAAAGGUCCAGCUCUCGACCUCUUUUGGACCAAAGGACCCUCAGCACAGAACACAACCGGGACCGAUAUUCACAGUUCCAUCAAAGGCGCAAUUUUGGUCACAAUUGGUUGUUUCAGCUAUGCAUGUUUCUUUAUUCUCUAUGCGAUCACGUUGAAGACUUAUCCGACCGAGCUCUCACUCACAGCAUGGAUAUGCCUAAUGGGGACAUUAGAGGGAGCAGCUGUGGCACUAGUCAUGGAGAGAGGAAAUCCAGGUGCAUGGGCCAUUGGUUGGGAUAACAAACUUCUUACCGUCACAUAUAGUGGGAUAGUGUGCUCAGCGCUUGGUUACUACAUUGGAGGACUGGUGAUGAAAACUAGAGGUCCUGUCUUUGUAACAGCUUUUAGUCCUCUUUGUAUGAUUGUAGUAGCGUUUAUGUCGAGCAUCAUCUUUGCUGAGCAGAUGUAUCUUGGAAGGGCUCUUGGUGCGGCAGUUAUAUGUGCAGGACUAUACCUUGUGAUAUGGGGUAAAGGAAAUGAUUACAAAGAUGCUUCCACAAACCCAACACAAACAAAACUAGAAAUAAUCGGUAACGAGAAAGACAAUGUUGGUCAUGAAAUCAUCAAUAUGAGGAAGGAAGGAGAACAAAGAAUAGUUGUAGAAACAGUCUAGCUCAACAUUAUCAACACAAAUGUAUUAUAUGGAACAACAGAUUUUCAUAAGUUGAGAUUCUUUUGAAAAUUAAUAGUUUUAAUUUCCUUGUUUUUUGCUCAAAAAAGAUAAAAGAUUUCCUUGUUUAUUUUGUUACAAAAAAAAAUCCUUGUUUAUUUAUUUUUUUCAAAGAUAUCUCCUAGACAUUAUUUACCAAGUGAUUUGUAUAUGUGUCAUCAUUAUAAUCACUCUAAAACAAAUAAUGACAUGGCUAACAAACAAAUGUGACAUGGAUCUUUCUUAUUUAUAACAUGGCAUAAAAUUAAUUGUGACAUAAUUCAAUUAUAUAAAUAAAAAUCUAAGAUAGUAAGUAUAUAGCCUUUACCGUAUUUAUAAAACAUAAAUAAAUAAUUGAAAUAUUAGAUAUGAUUUAUUAUAAACUUGCAAAAUGAACAAAUUAAUAACAAAGAAUUAAAAAAUAUUCAUUUGUUUAUUGGAAUUUUAUAUAUUUUCAAUAUUUCAAAUGAGAAUUGUAAAUGGUACAAAUGUAUUUUUAUUAUAUUUAAAUUCUAUGAUAAAUUAUUUUGUAUAACGCUCAUG